CAAAUUGCAUUUUGUUUUCUUUUCAUAGUUCUCUUCAAUCUUCCACUAAUGAAGCUGCAAGUCCCUAUUUGGAGAUUCUUGAUUUAUUAGCAUUGCAGUUUUGGGUAGAUUGCUUCUAAAAGUUGCUCUUGAAUUGAUGGGAAUCUCCCUUAUGUAAUUUUAAUGACUUGUAAUUAUAAUAUCACAAUCCUAAAGCUGCUUUAAUUUGGGGAAGAAUUUCUGUUUCUCCUGUAAUGCAGUUGAGGGAAUUUUCUUCAGGCCAAGAUCAAUUUUGGCCUUAUUAUUAUUUAUUAUUACUGUAUUUCAGAGUUGGGAAUUAUUGGAUUUUCUUGAUAUAGGUGGAAUAUCAGGUUAAGGGGGGUGUGUGAUGUGUGGUUUUAGGGAUGAUGCUGAGGAAGCGUAGUAGAUCAGAGCAGAAAGCUGAGCACUUGAUGUCUGAUACCAAUUCUCAUUCUGAUGAUUUUGUUUUGGAGCAUAAAAACAACUCCUUUUGCAAUAUUCCGGGGUUGUUUCUUGGGUUUAAUCGAAAGGGUUCAGAAUCUGGUUCACUCAGCAGCCCGACUUGUACACUGGAUUUGAGGGUCUUCUCGAGUUUUGCCAAUCGCUUUAAGUUUCGAAGGUCAUCGAAUGAGGGGAGCCAGAAACCUUGGGAUUGUAGUAAGGUGGGCCUGAGCAUUAUAGGUUCUCUUGAUGAUGAGUUGGAGCAGAUGGGGAAAACGUCGCCACGAUCUGAGAGCAAAAGUAUUGUUUUUGGACCACAAAUGCAGAGUUUUCAAAUGCAUUUUGGUUCUUUUGAGACAGUUUGUGCCCAGACUAAGCCACCGGGUUUUGAAAAGAGCGGUUCUUCUGAUGUUUUGUUUGUAAGUGGAGAUUCCCCAUUGUAUCAAGAUUCAUUUGGUGAUAUUCGUUCUUGCUCACCGGAUUCUGGACAGUCUGGAUCACAGCUAUCUUGUUCCAACUCCAACUCCGAAUUGAUCUCUAGCAGUUUGGUUUUUGAGAAAGGAAUGAACCCAGAAGUCAGCUCAAAACCCGCUUCUUCUAUUUCAGCAAUUGAAAUCCAGCGUUCAGAGUAUUAUACGUGUGUGAAAACCCACAGUCCCUAUCCUAAGGUUACUCAUAUUUUUGGGGAUUGCAUUUUAGAAUGGCCCAACCACGAGCUCACCGAUUCCUCUAAGAAGGGUGAAAAAGGGAUUGAGUUACCAAUGGCAAUGGGGACUAGUGACGGUUUCAAAAACCGUACUGCAUACCCCUCGAGUGAUUUCUUAAGCUUCUGUCAUCACUGCAAGAAAGAAUUGGAUGGUGAAGAUAUUUACAUUUACAGAGGUGAGAAAGCAUUUUGCAGCUCUUCUUGCCGUUCAGAGGAGAUUUUGAUUGACGACGAUGAUGAAGGUUCUGAGAAGACAAACUUUGGUGAUGAAUUUCCUCAGAAUGGGUUGUUGUUCAUUGCAAUAUAGGAUACCAGUUAUCAUCUUUUAUCUAAGAUCUGUUCUAUGUGCAUCUUUCUGUAGGCACUGAUGGAUAUGAUGUUACCUAAGAUCAUAGUGCUUUGUUUCUCA